AUGAAGCAUCGAGCGGCACAUCGCUGGAACACGGUGCAAGUUUGCUGGUUGGCCGCGUGGGGCGCUGCCAUCGCUUUGGUCCACUGCGGUCUCAACACGCCGGAGGAAAUACGGAAGGGCAUGGAGGCGUGGGAGCGGUGGCGUCGCACGGCGAACAGCGAAGGACAUCCGGAGGGCAGAGUAUUUGGAGGCUUCGAGACUCACGUCGGCGUUUAUCCCUUCGCCAUUUACAUGCAGAUCAGGGAACUUGACAAGUUUUGGCAUUGUUCGGGCAGCAUCGUCGCUACGGAAUGGGUUCUAUCGGCGCGGCACUGUGCAGGACAUGCGGUGUGGGAAGGCGUGACAUUCGCUGGUGACGUGGACUACACGACAGACAGGCUGUUCACAAAGUACAACAUCCAGAUACGUAUUGUCAGGGCGGCGAAAAGCUACGUGCCGCCCACCCCUGACACAAAGGACCACGACAUCAUGAUGGUGCGUGUGUGGAGGGGCUUCACUGCCAUCGUGGGCUACGUCUCAGUUAUUCCCAUCACGGAGGACAAAACGUUGGAUCCAGAGUUCGAGGAGACUUGCACCUUGGUUGGCUUUGGACGACGUGGGCGUAAUUUGAAACCGGAUACAGGACUCCUGAGGGCAGCCAGCUUCGUCAUGGAGCCUGGUGGCGAGUGUGGCUACAGCGGCAUCACCGACGAAAACGGUCUAUGCACAUUUGACGUCAAACAAAAGUCGGUGUGUUUCGGCGACUCUGGAGGCCCCAUCUUCUGCAACAACGUGCGAGUCCAGGUCGGCUUGGUGGUAGCUGUCAAGUACAGGAACUGCACCAUCGACUACUGCGGGGCUCCGGCGGUGUACAACAUACACCUGUUCCUGGGCUACUACCGUGAUUGGAUUAUGGCGGUCAUCAACCCCCCAGUGGCGACGGAACCUGGUCGUCGGGCUGCCGCGUCCCAGCCGGCGGCCAUGUCGAUCCUCGCACUGUCUUCUGGAUUCGUGCUCUCCCUGCUGAGCUCCUCAUUAAAUUCUCACUGGGCUACAUGA